AUGGCAGAGCCACCGCUGGCAAAGCCAAGUUUGUGAUGCAGCGACUGUGUUUGGACAGAUGGGUUUGGGCACAAAAGAGCAACAGCAAAUUCUCCAUUGUUAAAUCAACACUGAGUGUUUCAUUUAACACUGGUCCAGUGUCUAUAUGGGUCCACACUUUUCAAUGUUAAAUUAACCCACUGCCUAAUGUAAAGCCUUAUUUGCAUAUUUCCCAGAGUGUCUUAUCUUUCGAGUGAAUUGUAGAGUUACCACCCAUAACUGUAUUUGUUAGUGACAAAGACAUGGUUGUUGCAUUCAUCCAUUUACAGUCCUGCAGCCUUCACCAAGUGAGAUCUUAACUGAAUAUGUUAUCAUUAAAAUGCAAUUAUUUAACACAAUACAAGACAUAUUUCAUGAGGCCUUUUUUGAGGGCCUAGUUUUACCCUAAUACAGCGGCCUGAAACUCAUGGUUUACAGGCCACAUCAGUCGUGCAAGUCACUUUAUGAUGUCUUGAAAACUGAUGUGUAAUUCCUACUGGAAUCCAGCCACAGUGGGGGUAUCCAACAUUUUGCAUUUUUAUUCACCCUUCAACCUGCAUUCAGAAUGACUGCCUGGUUGGGAAGAUGAAGAUAUGAGACUACCUAAACCAUCUAAACUGGAACAGCUAUUUCAGUAACGUGUACAAUAAAUCCAAGUAACAGAUUGGAAUAGUUUAGAAUAAAUGAUGUUAUUUAUAUUUGAGUAGCAUAAGAUUAAAUAAUCAAUCGAUGUACAUGCAAAAACAUAGUUAUUGAAACAAACACUUCUAAAAAUCAGCCUGCAAUAAAGCAUGCUGGGAAAUAUGAUAAUGAUGGGAGUAGUUUUGGUUUAGCACUGGUUAUAAACACCAACACUUGGGUUCUUUUACACCAAUUAGUGUUAAUUUAACACUUGCAUGGUUAAUUCAUAAUAUUUCCCCUAAUGUUAUUAGCCUACCCCCUCUUUCUCUUUCUAUUGUUGCUUCAUUCCUUCCUCGCUUUCAACAGUUAAAUGAAAUACGUUUCAUUGUCCUUAUCUUCAUCAUUCUAAUGACAUCCUUGAAUAAUUUGGACUAGAAUUAGAUGCAGAAGGCUUUCACUUCUCUUCACGGAGAUUGAAUGGUUAUCGGUCUGAAUAUGUAACUGCUAUAGCCUACCGCCAUCACACGUUCACUGCUGUAUUUAACAUUCAGCAAACAAGAGCUUGCGUCCCUCUUCGAAUAGUCUAUUGGUGUAAGAAAUGCUAAAGAAAAAUAAUGUCCAGCAAGCUAUUCUAGUCUGGCUUUUCCUGCAUGGGACUCCAAGAGCUAAAGAGCGUUUUUUUAAGGAGAGGCCAGCGGAGCACAGGUGCUUGUGUAUUGUGCAAGAGACAGAGGCUACAGUGGGGGAAAAAAAGUAUUUAGUCAGCCACCAAUUGUGCAAGUUCUCCCACUUAAAAAGAUGAGAGAGGCCUGUAAUUUUCAUCAUAGGUACACGUCAACUAUGACAGACAAAUUGAGAUUUUUUUUCUCCAGAAAAUCACAUUGUAGGAUUUUUAAUGAAUUUAUUUGCAAAUUAUGGUGGAAAAUAAGUAUUUGGUCACCUACAAACAAGCAAGAUUUUUGGCUCUCACAGACCUGUAACUUCUUCUUUAAGAGGCCCCUCUGUCCUCCACUCGUUACCUGUAUUAAUGGCACCUGUUAGAAACUUGUUAUCAGUAUAAAAGACACCUGUCCACAACCUCAAACAGUCACACUCCAAACUCCACUAUGGCCAAGACCAGGCUGGUAAGACUGAAUCUGCAAUAGGUAAGCAGCUUCGUUUGAAGAAAUCAACUGUGGGAGCAAUUAUUAGGAAAUGGAAGACAUACAAGACCACUGAUAAUCUCCCUCGAUCUGGGGCUCCACGCAAGAUCUCACCCCGUGGGGUCAAAAUGAUCACAAGAACGGUGAGCAAAAAUCCCAGAACCACACGGGGGGACCUAGUGAAUGACCUGUAGAGAGCUGGAACCAAAGUAACAAAGCCUAUCAUCAGUAACACACUACGCCGCCAGGGACUCAAAUCCUGCAGUGCCAGGCGUGUCCCCCUGCUUAAGCCAGUACAUGUCCAGGCCCGUCUGAAGUUUGCUAGAGUGCAUUUGGAUGAUCCGGAAGAGGAUUGGGAGAAUGUCAUAUGGUCAGAUGAAACCAAAAUAGAACUUUUUGGUAAAAACUCAACUCGUCGUGAUUGGAGGACAAAGAAUGCUGAGUUGCAUCCAAAGAACACCAUACCUACUGUGAAGCAUGGGGGUGGAAACAUCAUGCUUUGGGGCUGUUUUUCUGCAAAGGGACCAGGACGACUGAUCCGUGUAAAGGAAAUAAUGAAUGGGGCCAUGUAUCGUGAGAUUUUUAGUGAAAACCUCCUUCCAUCAGCAAGGGCAUUGAAGAUGAAACGUGGCUGGGUCUUUCAGCAUGACAAUGAUCCCAAACACACCGCCCGGGCAACGAAGGAGUGGCUUCUUAAGAAGCAUUUCAAGGUCCUGGAGUGGCCUAGCCAGUCUCCAGAUCUCAACCCCAUAGAAAAUCUUUGGAGGGAGUUGAAAGUCCGUGUUGCCCAGCGAUAGCCCCAAAACGUCACUGCUCUAGAGGAGAUCUGCAUGGAGGAAUGGGCAAAAAUACCAGCAACAGUGUGUGAAGACCUUGUGAAGACUUAUAGAAAAUGUUUGACCUGUGUCAUUGCCAACAAAGGGUAUAUAACAAAGUAUUAAGAAACUUUUGUUAUUGACCAAAUACUUAUUUUCCACCAUAAUUUGCAAAUAAAUUCAUAAAAAAUCCUACAAUGUGAUUUUCUGGAUUUUUUUUCCUCAUUUUGUCUGUCAUAGUUGACGUGUACCUAUGAUGAAAAUUACAGGCCUCUCAUCUUUUUAAGUGGGAGAACUUGCACAAUUGGUGGCUGAUUAAAUACUUUUUUCCCCCACUGUAUAUGUUAAAAGCUGAUUAUGCGUAACCCAUCAUCAAUUAGCUAAAAAUAAGGGUAAUACUGCAUUGAAUGUAUUACCUGAAAGUGGUAGGCUAGGACAUCUAUAUAUAGGGCUAUACAGUAUAUCAAGAACAGGAUGAUCUAUUUUGGAUACAAUUUGAAUGGAGUUGAUGGAGAGAGAAAAAGACUGCGAGAGUGUUCAUGCAUGCACUUAUUUAAAGCAAUGAUAUUCGAGUGAUAGCCUGUUAAAAACUCUGCAGCUGCAAUAAUUUUUUUAAUUAUCUUUACAAUUAAAAAACAAGGUGACCCCCGAAAGCCAGAUGGAGAUGGGUAAAUUAGACAUGCAUUCAGUCCUUAUUUUACAGUAGCAUAGGCUAUGCUGCAGCAAAUGUAGGCCUACCUGUCACAAGAAAAAUAGUUACCAUGAUGAAAUGAGACUGUAGGUCUACAUGCAUUGUGAACUGCGCUCUAUACUGAGAUGGGCUGUCUGUCCCCACCAUGAACGUUUAUUCAUCAUGCAGAUUCAUCAUGCCAUAGAGAAGCCAAAUUUAGACAUCACAUAUAAUUUUACAGUUCCAUUUCACGCCAUGCUGUUCAUAUAAAUAAUUUAUCAUGAUUUGCCGGUUUCUCGCAGUUAUUUAUCCCGGGUUUUGGGCAAUAAAUCCCGAUAAAUCUCGGUAACCGGGUUCCCGCCAUUCAACCCAGAGCCAAAUAGAAUAUCCAGAAAGUGAGCUUUAUGCGUUGUUGAGACAUCACUUUGUAAAGAUGUUCCUUUGUAAAUGGAAGAGAUUAGCUUAGACAUUCAAAAUGAUCUGUUAGGAGAAAAACAGACCAGAACUUUACUAUGCGUGAAGUCAUGUCAAGCAAGGAAAUUCUAAUGAUAGGUGUGCCAUGCCUAAAAUGACUCAGUCUGAUUGAUGUGGCCCUAUCACACCCCAUCAGACUCAGAUGUGGCCGGUAGAGUCCAAGAACCAGACAGCAAAGCAUUUACUUACGCUGAGCUCAGACUUGAUUACAAUGCUUUACUAAUCUAAUCCUUCGAUCCUCUCUCUAUUCUCCUCCUCUCUAGGCGACUCCCAGGGUAUGGUCAACUUCCUCAUUUCCAAGGAGGGCGGCGAGCUGUCUCUGGUGGACCAGGCUAAUGUAUGGAUCUUCCUCCGGCUGGCCAAGACCAAUCGCAGCCGUGCCAAGGUCACUAUACGCCUGUUGCAGCAGCGCCUUGGCGGAGACGGCCAUGAAGAGUCAGUGCCGGUGCCACUGGCCGAGAAGGCGGUGGACACACGGCGCAGUGGCUGGCACACUUUCCCCGUGUCGGCCAGCGUCCAGGCCCUGCUGAAGGGCGGCGGCAGCAUGCUCAGUGUGAGGGUCUCCUGCCCGCUGUGCGCCAAUGCUGGCGCCACGCCCAUCUUGGUGUCGACCAGUGGCAACCAGGAGCGUGAGCAGUCCCACCGGCCCUUCCUCAUGGCGGUGGUGCAGCAGGGCGAGGGCGGCGAGCCACGGCAACGCCGCAAACGGGGCCUGGAGUGCGACGGCAAGGUGCGUGCUUGCUGUAAGCGCCAGUUCUACGUCAAUUUCAAGGACAUUGGCUGGAGUGACUGGAUCAUAGCGCCGGGGGGCUACCACGCCAACUACUGCGAGGGCGACUGCCCCAGCCACGUGGCCAGCAUCACAGGCUCCUCGCUCUCCUUCCACUCCACCGUCAUCAACCACUACCGCAUACGGGGCUACGCGCCCUUCCAGAACAUUAAGUCGUGCUGCGUGCCCACGCGGCUACGCGCCAUGUCUAUGCUCUACUACAACGAGGAGCAAAAGAUCGUCAAAAAGGACAUCCAGAACAUGGUCGUAGAGGAGUGCGGCUGCUCGUAA